AUGGCGGAUGGGAGACAGCACCACGGCCGACGGGCGCCAACGUCGGAGGCCUUCGAUGCUUCGGAACUCACUCACGCUUUCGAACAGUUGAUGCGCACCAAGAGAUUUGAUCGUCUUCAGGAACAGUCCCAUUCUCAUUCUCGGUCACAAUCUCCGUCUACGCCGCCCCUGCGGUCGCACCCACCACACCCCUCGCGAGCACCACCACCACCACCGCCCACUGCAACCACACUUCCUCAAUUACCCCCCCAACGACAACCGCACUCCCCAUCGCCCGCCCUCAGAGGCCUCCCUAUAGUUCCGGCCCCGCCACAGGAUCCAAAUUCUCUCAAAUUCCGUAAUCUCCUCCAUGUUCUCUCCGUGACGCCCACCAAGUAUGAGAAUCCCGGCCUCUUGGACGACGCCCUUUCCGUGAUUCCACUCGAUAGACUGUACUCGGAGGCUGAGGAGGAAAGCCAGAUCAUGCAGGCCGAAGCCGAAAGCAUGAAGAAACGGCCCGAAUGGGGCUAUCAAGAUUGUGUCAUCCGGGCUUUGCUACGGUGGUUUAAACGGUCUUUCUUCCAAUUCGUCAACAACCCUCCCUGCUCCCGAUGCUCCAUGCCCACAAUCGCCAUGAACAUGACACCACCUACCCCCGAUGAGACUGCGCGCGGCGCUACUCGGGUCGAACUCUACAGGUGCUCGGAACCAUCGUGCGGCGCCUACGAGAGGUUUCCUCGGUAUUCGGAUGUCUGGCAGUUGCUGCAGACUCGACGCGGUCGCGUUGGCGAAUGGGCCAACUGCUUCAGUAUGUUUUGCAGAGCCCUCGGUGCGCGUGUGCGCUGGGUGUGGAACUCGGAGGACCAUGUGUGGACAGAAGUAUAUUCCGAACACCAAAAGCGCUGGGUACAUGUGGAUGCCUGCGAGGAGGCAUGGGAUCAACCUCGUCUCUACACUGAAGGAUGGGGCCGAAAACUUUCAUAUUGCAUUGCCUUUUCGAUCGAUGGUGCUACCGAUGUUACACGACGAUACGUCCGCAGUCCCGCCAAACAUGGACUCCCACGAACGCGCGCUUCGGAGGAGGUGCUGGUUUGGGUCAUCCAGGAGAUUCGAAAGAAGCGGCGCGAGAACGUAGCCAAACUGGAUGGGAAGCGUCUGCUGAAGGAAGAUGAACGGGAAGAAAAGGAAUUGCGCAUGUUCACGGCCAGCGCCCUCGCCGCCGAGCUAAAUAACCUCCUUCCGCGAAACCAUACGUCUGGCCGACCGGACGAACAGAAGACGGCUGCGUCACGACAAGAAGCCCCGGUGGACUGGGUGAAUAGCCGGCAAAGAAGCUCCGGCCAUUCUGGCUCGGAUGGGUCUCGAGGCGAUCGAUAA